UCUAUUUUAUUUUGUCAAAAUAAUAAAAGUUACUUAGAAACAAACAAUAUUUUCAGUUUAUUUGACCAUUCAACCAGUGAGCAAACUAUCAGAUCGAUUACUUGAAUUAUUCAACAUAUUUUCAAACAUUAAUUUUGAAAUCAUUGAUCUUAUCAACUUAAUCAAUUUCUAAACGACUGAUAAGAAAAAUAACUGUUAAGUAGGUAAACCUUAUUAAUGUUUUUAAGCUAAACCUAAAAUAUAGGACUGACUAUAUUAAAAUGGUGGAAAACAUUGGUUUAACUGGUUACAUUUUGGACAAAUUUUGCAAUGGUUAUAUUGGGACAAAUUAUCCCAGUGACUUUUAAUUGCUCGCUGGUGAAAUAUAAUCAAGGCUUCGCCUCUGUUGUCGCAGAGCUUCGGUGAUCAAUUCUCACAUGCUAUGGAAUUGCCAAUACUUUCCUGGCCUAGGCCACUGGAUAAAAAAUAGUGUAUGCACCAUGGAUAGGAAAUUAGCAAGUCCAUAGCACGUAUUUGACAACCUCGCCUUUGCCUCAAUUGUCAAUCCUCGCGUGCAAUGGAAUAUUGAAAGAAUGAUUUCGCACCAUUUCUUACCACUGUAUAAUCACUCUCUUCAAAUCUCGAUAUGAUAUACGUGCCGCUGAUAGUAGUCGAGACCAGAAAUUAGAAAUCCCAUCAAAUCUUGCAACCUCAUCUGUAGAAUGUGGUAAACGAUCAAUCUCUCCAAUACAUUGCCAUCCAUCUGCUAAACAACCUAGAAUUAUGGAAACUAACCGAAUAAGCAAACAUAGCGAUUUGGACAUGCAGGAAUCACUAUACGGUCAACAAGCUAGCCGAGAAUCCAUCUCAAAUAUCGCAGAAGAAUGCAAUAAGUCUUUACCUGGCAAAAACUUGAAUCGUUCUCAGUCUUUUGAAAAUGAAAGCAAACUUCUAACAGAUUCAUUGAGCAAGUGCACAAAAUAUAAAGAGGUUUGCAUUAAACUAGAAGAUUUUCAAAAAAAUCGUAGACGUGAUCGAAAGGCAUCGAAGUGUGAAAAUAUAUAUGAAGUAGAAAAAUUUUUAGGAAAAAAAUCCGAAAAUAAUAACAUAUUCUAUUUAAUAAAAUGGAAAAAUUGGAGCCCUGAAUUCAGUACAUGGGAACCAGUGCACAAUUUAACUAACUGUGCUGAAUUAUUGAAAGAAUUUGAAGAAGGACGUUUGAAAUCAUUAGAUAUGUUUCAGAAACAUACUAAUUUUUAUCCUAAUUUAAUUACUAUUGAAAAACAUAUGCAAGAUAUACUUUCAAGUGGUAACGUUAUUGAUUCUUCUUUAGCCAAUACAGAUUAUUUGUAUGAAAAAAUUAAUGAAUUUUUCAAUGCUAAUCCUAGUAAGAGAAAACAAUUAGUUGACAAUAUUAAAGAACAUAUUUUACACAUGUUAGUUUAUAAUGCAAGAGCUGAGCAGCUGGCAUCUUUAGCGGAGUGGGAAAAUGAAAUGAAUAGCAUCACGGCUGGCAAGCCUCUUAUAAAAGUGGAAAAUGUAGUCGAUCUAGAGCGAGCACCUCCAGAAUUUCUGUAUAUUGACGAUUACUUACCUGGUUUGAAUGUCAUCAUACCUGAAGAACCUCCCAUUGGUUGCGAAUGCUCUACAUGUGAUUCAAAAAGUAAAUGCUGUUACGCUAUGUGUGAUGGGAGUUUCCCGUAUACGUCUGCUUGCAGAAUUCGUGUACCACCUGGAACUCCUAUAUACGAAUGCAAUAAACGUUGCACAUGUUCUGAAAAAUGUCCAAAUCGUGUUGUUCAACGUGGUUCUCAAAUGAAAUUAUGCGUCUUUAGAACAAAUAAUGGAAGGGGAUGGGGUGUCAAAACAUCACGUAUCAUAAAGAAAGGAACUUUUGUUAUUCAAUAUGUUGGUGAAGUUAUAACUAACGAAGAAGCUGAAAGACGUGGAAAAAAAUAUGACGCUGCCGGAAGGACAUAUCUUUUUGAUCUAGAUUAUAAUGAAACAGAAGAACAAUGUCCAUAUACAGUUGACGCCGCUAUUUAUGGAAACGUAUCACAUUUUAUUAAUCAUUCUUGUGAUCCCAAUUUAGCUGUCUACGCUGUUUGGAUAAACUGUUUGGAUCCAAAUCUUCCUAAACUUGCUCUUUUUGCAACAAGAGACAUCAAACAAAACGAAGAAAUCACAUUUGAUUAUACAUGUCAAACAAACAAAGAUGACCCAUUCCGUUGUAGAAUCGGUUUAAAAGGAAAGUCUAGUAAUGAAAAUACUAUUGAUGGUCGGAUCCGCUGUAAAUGUGGAGCAAAUAAUUGUAGACAAUAUCUUUUUUAAAAAUUUUUAUUAAUUUAUCAAGAGUCUCAUUGUAAAAGAUUACUUACAUUAGCUUUCGAUUAAAAUGCAUUGUAUGUUUUAUAUGGCAAUAAAAAUAUCAGAUUAUUAUAAUAAUUUUACUAAUAAUGGUGACAAAAGUUUUGAUGAAAUUACUAUUGUUCACAUAAUUUGAGGUAUCAUAAAAAUAAAAAACAUUUUCCCGGAAUUAAAAAAAAAAUUCAUAAAAGAUUCCAUUGAGAUAGCCGAUUCGAUACUCUACCUGUAUUAUAAAACUAAGUAUGUAUAGGUGCUUUCUAUAUUCAAAACUCAAAUUUAUUGCGGAUUGAUUUUCUUGACUCUUUUUAUGAACUUAAUAGUAAAAGACUAUGUUUCAAACUUAAUGGGAUUUUCAGGUAAUUAAAAGACUUUCCCCUCGAGAUUUUUACGGGCUAAAUUUAUCUGAAAAGUUUGUUAAAGUUUUGGUGACUUACUUUAAUUUACCAUUCUAAAGGUUGAGGAGAAGAAACAAACUUAAACAUUGAAUGAAUAAUUACAAAUUGAAUUUGUCUAAUCCUAAAAAUCAAUCAAAUAUUAGCGUAAUUUUCAAAUAUUACCGUCGCUUCUAACAUGAAUCGUUAAAUAUAAGAAUCAAUGUUAAUUUCAUAUGCCAAGCUAGAAUAAUGAGAUGAGAUCAAGAUUUUCGUGAGUAUUCCUGCUGAAACAGAUAUUAUAAUAUCGGAAUGAAAGGGGAAGUCGGAUGUCGAAGAAGAGACUUAAUAGUACGAAACUUCUGUAGAACGUCAGUCAGAGUACAACCAAGACAACUUGACGGUUAGAAGAUAUCUUAACAUGCUAAUUUCUUCCCGUAUGUUAGUUUCUACUACUUGCUACUCUGUAAGAAAUGCAAAUAAUAUCUUGGUAGUGGAUUUUCAAUUUGUUUUUACAUGUUUAUAAUCGUAUGUUUGUAGCUAGUUUUAAGUUUUAUUCUGUUUGUUCAUGUUAUUUUUUACGAUAUAUAAGGUAAAAGCACCUAUUAUGGAACAAUUUUAAGGCUAUUUUUAUGGCACAGCUGCUAAGCAGCUCAAAAAUCAUCGAAUGUUCAAUUUUUUUUAUUAAUCUGGGGGCCUCCGUGUCAGCUAUCCAGGGAAACUUUUAAAAAUUAAAUACGAUUUUUUUAAAAAUUGUUAUAAAUAAAAAUGUGGCUGGUGUGGAGUCUCCUAUUAUGGAACGGCAUUUCACCACU